UGGGGCGGGGCGGACUGGGGCGAACUGGGGCGGAGUGGGGCGGGGCCGAGCUAGAGAUGGGGCGCCUAGGCGCUGGGAGCCGACUGUGAGCUCAUCUUUCGUGGGGAGAGCUGAGUUCUGGGGGCGCCAGAGCGGAGGUGGAGACGCAGACUUGAAGGCGGGGGUGAGUGGGCGGAAGAGAGCCUUGGCUGAGACAUGGCCACCAGUCACCCAAUAGGACACGUGCAACUGCCCCGAGCGGAUGCCAUUCGUUCACGUCUCAUUGAUACUUUCUCUCUCAUCGAGCAUCUGCAAGGCUUGAGCCAAGCUGUGCCACGACACACUAUCCGAGAGAUAGUUGAUCCUUCCCGUCAAAAGAAGGUUAUGUUGGGAGAUCAACACCAGCUGGUACGAUUCUCCAUAAAGCCUCGACAUACAGAACAAAUUACACAUGGCCGGAGGCUGAUGAGCAGGCUUCGAGUGCGCUGCAGUCAGAGACCACCUCUUUCCUUGUGGGCUGGAUGGGUCCUUGAGUGUCCUCUCUUCACAAACUUCAUCAUCUUUCUCAUCUUUUUGAAUACGGUUGUACUGAUGGUUGAAAUAGAAUUGCUUGAAUCCUCAAACGCCAAAUUGUGGUCACUCAAGCUGACUCUGGAGGUGGCAGCUUGGUUCAUCUUGCUUAUUUUCAUCUUGGAGAUCCUUCUUAUGUGGAUAUCCAGCUUUUUCCUCUUCUGGAAGAAUGCCUGGAAUGUCUUUGACUUUGUUGUCACCAUAUUGUCCCUGCUUCCGGAGGUUGUGGUGCUGGUGGGGGUAACAGGCCAGUCUGUGUGGCUCCAGUUGCUGAGGAUCUGCCGGGUGCUAAGGUCUCUCAAACUCUUUGCACGAUUCCGUCAAAUUCGAGUCAUUAUUUUGGCCCUGGUGAGGGCUCUCAAGAGCAUGACCUUCCUCCUGAUGUUGCUGCUCAUCUUCUUCUACAUUUUUGCUGUGACUGGUGUCUACUUCUUUGAGGAUUACACUCGUUCUACUCGCCAGGACCUGGAGUACCCCAUGUUCUUCUCGGACCUGCUGAAUUCCCUCGUGACAGUGUUCAUCCUCUUCACCAUGGACCAUUGGUAUGCACUGCUUCAGGAUAUCUGGAAGGUUCCUGAAGUUAGCCGUGCCUUCAGCAGCAUCUAUGUCAUCCUUUGGUUGUUACUUGGUUCCAUUAUCUUUCGAAACAUUAUAGUAGCCAUGAUGGUUACUAACUUCCAGAAUAUCAGGAAUGAGCUGAAUGAGGAGAUCACACAUCUGGAGGUUCAGCAUAAAGCUGACAUAUUCAAGCGGCAGAUUAUCCAAAGGAGACAAAACCUGUCCCCUGAGGUAAUGAGGUCAAGCAUAAGCAAAGUGGAUACCAGAGAUCCCAAUCAACAAAGGGAAUCUUUGGUCUUACCAGCAGCUUUUGAAGAAGAGUCUAAACACAGUGCUGAUGAAGAGGGUUCAAGAACAUCUGCACUGAAAAUAGAAGAGUCUUUGUCAAAAGUGAAAAAGUCCCCAUCUUCCUCCUCCUCCUCCUCUUCCUCCUCAUCUUCAUCUUCCUAUUAUUCCUCCUCUUCUGAAUCCAGAUAUCUAGACCCCAUCGGUCAAUUGGACUGGGAGACUCAUGUGCACCAGAAUCUGCCUGGACUAAUGGAAAUGGAUCAGGAUGACCGCGUUGUUUGGCCCAGAGAUUCACUCUUCCGAUAUUUUGAGUUGCUAGAAAAGCUUCAGUAUAACUUAGAGGAGCGUAAGCGGUUGCAGCAGUUUGCAGUGCAAGCACUGAUGAACUUUGAAGACAAGUAAAGCUGAAAAUGGAUGGCUUCAAUUUCUUUGGCAAAAAUUAAUGAAAAGAAGAGUUGGAAAUGGAGAAUUCAAAGUAUAACUGUCUAAUAAAUACUGUUGGUAAUUA